AUGGAUUCUUCAUGUUUCUUGGUUUAUAGAAUAUUCAGAUUUCGUAAAAGAAAUAAGAAUAUUUCUUCUUCUCUAUCUUCUUCAUCUCCCCCUUCUUCUUUGUCUCAAAAUUGGUUGCACCCUGUUUUCUUGAGCUUCCGUGGGGAAGAUGUCCGCAAAGGCUUGCUCAGUCACAUUCAGAAGGAGUUUCAAAGAAACGGAAUCACACCGUUCAUUGAUAAUGAGAUGAAGAGAGGAGGAUCCAUUGGUCCUGAGCUCUUACAGGCUAUUAGAGGAUCUAAGAUCGCGAUCAUCUUGCUUUCGAGGAACUAUGGUUCUUCGAAGUGGUGUCUUGAUGAAUUGGUGGAGAUUAUGAAAUGCAGAGAAGAGUUGGGUCAAACAGUGAUGACCGUUUUUUAUGAUGUGGAUCCAUCUGAUGUGAGGAAGCAGAAGGGAGAUUUUGGGAAGGUUUUUAAAAAAACUUGUGUUGGAAGACCAGAGGAGAUGGUACAGAGAUGGAAGCAAGCUUUGACCAGCGCUGCAAAUAUACUCGGGGAGGAUUCUCGCAACUGGGAAAACGAAGCGGAUAUGAUCAUUAAAAUCUCAAAAGAUGUCUCCGAUGUGUUGAGUUUUACGCCAUCAAAGGAUUUUGAUGAGUUUGUUGGCAUUGAAGCUCAUACGACGGAGAUAACUUCGUUGUUACAACUUGAUCUGGAAGAAGUGAGAAUGAUAGGGAUUUGGGGUCCUGCUGGUAUUGGCAAGACGACCAUCUCCAGAGUUCUAUAUAACAAACUCUUUCAUCAGUUCCAACUGGGCGCAAUCAUUGACAACAUCAAAGUACGUUAUCCAAGACCUUGUCACGAUGAGUACAGUGCAAAGCUGCAGUUACAGAAAGAAUUGUUGUCUCAGAUGAUUAACCAGAAAGAUAUGGUGGUUCCUCAUUUAGGUGUUGCCCAAGAGAGGUUGAAGGACAAGAAAGUUCUUCUAGUUCUUGAUGACGUCGAUGGGUUAGUACAACUUGAUGCCAUGGCGAAAGAUGUACAAUGGUUUGGCCUUGGAAGUCGCAUUAUUGUCGUAACUCAAGAUCUAAAACUUUUAAAAGCUCAUGGGAUCAAGUAUAUUUACAAAGUUGAUUUUCCAACUUCUGAUGAGGCUCUUGAAAUCUUCUGCAUGUAUGCUUUUGGUGAGAAGUCCCCUAAAGUUGGUUUUGAGCAGAUUGCUCGGACGGUUACAACACUUGCUGGUAAACUCCCGUUAGGACUAAGGGUUAUGGGAUCAUAUUUACGGCGAAUGUCGAAGCAGGAGUGGGCGAAAUCAAUACCAAGGCUAAGGACCAGCCUUGACGAUGAUAUUGAGAGCGUUUUGAAGUUCAGUUACAACUCCUUAGCUGAACAAGAGAAAGAUUUAUUUCUUCACAUAACCUGUUUUUUCAGAAGGGAAAGGAUUGAGACAUUGGAAGUAUUUCUUGCAAAGAAGUCUGUAGAUAUGAGGCAAGGGCUCCAAAUCUUGGCAGAUAAAUCUCUCUUAUCUUUGAACUUGGGAAAUAUAGAGAUGCAUAAUUUGCUAGUACAACUAGGCCUAGACAUUGUUCGUAAGCAAUCUAUUCAUAAGCCUGGGAAACGUCAGUUCUUGGUUGAUACUGAAGAUAUUUGUGAAGUACUCACUGAUGAUACGGGUACCAGAACUCUUAUAGGCAUAGAUCUUGAGUUAUCUGGUGUAAUCGAGGGCGUAAUAAAUAUUAGUGAAAGAGCCUUUGAAAGAAUGUGCAAUCUCCAGUUCUUAAGAUUCCACCAUCCAUAUGGUGAUCGUUGUCACGACAUAUUGUACUUACCGCAAGGUUUGAGCCAUAUAUCUCGAAAACUUAGACUACUUCAUUGGGAACGUUAUCCACUGACAUGUUUGCCUCCCAAGUUUAAUCCGGAGUUCCUUGUCAAAAUAAACAUGCGAGACAGCAUGCUCGAGAAGCUGUGGGACGGAAAUGAACCCAUUAGAAACCUCAAAUGGAUGGAUUUGAGUUUUUGUGUAAACCUGAAGGAGCUUCCUGAUUUCUCUACUGCCACUAAUCUCCAAGAAUUGAGACUCAUAAAUUGUUUAAGCUUGGUGGAGCUUCCCUCUUCCAUUGGGAAUGCCACUAAUUUACUGGAAUUGGAUCUUAUUGAUUGCUCAAGUCUGGUGAAACUCCCCUCCUCUAUUGGGAAUCUCACAAAUCUAAAAAAGUUGUUUCUCAAUAGAUGUUCGAGUUUGGUGAAACUCCCUUCCUCUUUUGGGAAUGUCACUAGUCUCAAGGAGUUAAAUCUCAGUGGUUGUUCAAGUCUUCUGGAGAUCCCCUCUUCCAUCGGGAAUAUUGUUAACCUCAAGAAAGUAUAUGCUGAUGGAUGUUCAAGUCUGGUGCAACUCCCUUCCUCUAUUGGAAAUAACACUAAUCUCAAGGAAUUGCAUCUACUGAAUUGCUCGAGUUUGAUGGAAUGCCCUUCUUCUAUGUUAAAUUUAACUCGUCUCGAAGAUUUGAAUCUCAGUGGAUGCUUAAGUCUGGUGAAGCUCCCCUCUAUUGGGAAUGUUAUUAAUCUCCAAUCAUUGUAUCUCAGUGAUUGCUCAAGUCUAAUGGAACUCCCCUUCACUAUUGAGAAUGCCACUAAUCUCGAUACAUUGUAUCUUGAUGGAUGCUCGAAUCUACUGGAGCUUCCCUCAUCUAUUUGGAAUAUCACUAAUCUCCAAUCAUUGUAUCUAAACGGAUGCUCAAGUCUAAAGGAGCUCCCUUCCUUGGUUGAGAAUGCCAUUAAUCUUCAAAGUUUGUCUCUUAUGAAAUGUUCAAGUUUGGUAGAGCUCCCUUCCUCCAUCUGGAGAAUCAGUAAUCUCUCAUACUUAGAUGUCAGUAACUGCUCUAGUUUGCUAGAGCUCAAUCUUGUCUCGCACCCCGUGGUUCCAGAUUCCCUAAUCCUAGAUGCAGGAGAUUGUGAGUCUCUGGUGCAGAGACUAGAUUGCUUCUUUCAAAAUCCAAAGAUUGUUCUCAACUUCGCUAACUGCUUCAAACUGAAUCAAGAAGCAAGAGAUCUCAUCAUCCAGACAUCGGCUUGUAGAAAUGCGAUAUUACCAGGUGAAAAAGUGCCUGCAUACUUCACGUACCGCGCUACUGGUGAUUCUUUAACAGUGAAGUUGAACCAGAAGUAUCUUCUUCAAUCUUUGAGAUUUAAAGCUUGCCUUUUGCUAGUUGAGGGUCAAAACAAAUGGCCAAAUUGGGGGAUGAAUCUAGUAACUUCUCGAGAACCAGAUGGACACAUUGUUCUGUACACACCAAGCAGCCAUCUUCAAGGUCCACUUUUAAUGGAGAAUCUGUAUACAUUCGAAUUUGAACUAGUGGUGACUUCCAGUGAGUUCGUUUUGGAGUUCAGAGCUGAUCGUUACAAGUGUGCGGUAAGCGAAUGCGGCCUAAUCCAACUCUUUUAAAUCCCUUUAUGUCCAUGAGCUUCAGAGGUCAGUGGAGGCUGUUAUUUUGCAGUCUUUGAGAUUUGAGACAAACACUAGACUGAAGUUAGGGCAUGACAAGAGCUGAAAUACAUUAAUGCUAUAUGAUGAAACAUUUUCUUUUAAAGUUGGGUCGAUUUGACAAGUUUGGUGUGCAUGUUGUGUGGUGUCACUUAGUAUGAUUAUCAUUACUAUAUAUGUGAUGUUGGUAAUAUGUAUAAUUUAUCAAUUAAGUCACAGUAUACAUCUAUGUGUUUAUAUGUAGAUAUUACAGCGAAG